AUGCGAAAAAUUGUGGACGAAGAUUCAGUGAUGUACAAACGAGUGAGAGUUCAAGAUAAGAAAUUUGUAGCCUUCUUUGAUUCGGGAAGCAAGUACAAUAUCAUGAAUGACGUUUCGUACAAAAUUCGAAAAGUCAAUAAUAACUCCAAUAACAAUAACAAUGAGGACGAUGAGGAUGAUGAAGAUAAUAAUGACGAGGACGACAACGAUGAAGAUGACGACGAUAAUAACAAUGACGAUGAUGAAAAUGACGAGAACGGCGACGAUAACUAUAAUGAAGACGAUGACGAUAAUAACGACGACGAUGAUGAGAACGAUGAAGAAGAAGAUAACAAUGAUGAACACGAGGACGAUGAAGAAAAUGAUGAUGAAGUCGAUGUCGUCGAAAAUGGUGAUAAAAAUAUUGACGAUGGCGAUGAAGAAGAUGAGGACAAUGACGAUAACGAUGACGACAAUAACGAUGAUGAUGACAAUAAUAAUGAAGACGAUGAUAAAGAUAAUGAUGACGAAUGUGAUGAAAAUAAUGAUGAUGAAGACGAUGAUGAUGAAGAAAAUGAUGAUGAACUCGAUGACGUCGAAAAUGGUGAUAAAAAUAUUGACGAUAGAGCGCUGAGUGCGAUUAACAGUUUGAAAUCGCUUAUAACAAUGAAGCCUGUCUUAAAAAUAUUCAACCCAAAACACGAAAUCGAAUUGCACACGGACGCAUCGAUUGAUGGAUUUGGUGCUGUCCUGCUCCAGAAAUCACCUGAUGAUGGAAGUGGACACCCAGUAUACUACAUGAGCAAAAAAACUCCAGAUGCUGAACGACGUCUCACGAGCUACGAAUUAGAACUUUUGGCAGUGGUAGUAGCAUUGAGAAAGUUCCGUGUUUAUCUUCUGGGCGAGCAUUUUAAGCUCAUAAGCGAUUGCGAUGCAUCCAUAAAAUCGAUGAAUACCGACGAUAACGUAUAUAGCAGACUAAAAUCCAUCCAAGUGCAGGACGACGAGUUGAAGGCCAUUAUUGACGUUCUACGAGAUAGAAGCUCUCAUAAUAAUUACUUUAUGAAAGGCGGACUUCUACACAAACUUAUCGACGACAAUGAGUUAAUUGUGGUUCCUUUGAGUAUGCAACGCGAGAUCAUUAAGUCAGCGCACGAGAGAGGUCAUUUCUCCGUAAAAAAGACAAAAGAAAUUAUUGGAAGGCAGUAUCACACUCCGAAGUUGGAGCAGAAAAUACAGCAACAAACCAUCAAUUCGACGUAUCGUAGAAGUACCCAUGCUACACGGUUUGAGUUGCUUUUUGACAUCAAGAUGCAUACUAAAGACGACCUCAUUUUGAAGCAGAUCAUUGCCGACGAGAUGAUUCAGAUGUUUAACGACAACAGAGACGAGCUCCGAAUGCAGGCCAAACAGCAGAUAGCGAAUAUUCAAGAUGAGAAUAAGCGCUCCUACAAUCUUCGACGAAAGCCAGCUACAACUUACAAAGUCAACGACCUUGUAGCUAUAAAACGCACUCAACUAGGAGGUGGGCUUAAAUUAAAAGCUAAAUAUUUUGGCCCCUACCGUGUGACGAAAUCAAAACCGAAUGAUACCUAUGAUGUAACCAAAGAUGCGGUGUUCUAUGAGGGACCGAGACAAACUACCACAUGUGCGGAAUUCAUGAAACCAUGGGUUCCAGAUGGCGACUGCAACGACGACGCAUUCGAGGCGAAUGAAUGA